AUGAGCUCAGCUCCAGGAAACCUCAAAGCCAGCCUGGCAGGAAGAAGAAGAACAAGAAGAAUCAGCUCAAGAAGAAGACUGGGGUCACGUGCCUGUGGAGCUCCGAGAAGAAGCUUCAACAAUGGCGGACGCAAGAGCAAGUGUUCUUCCAAGACGGUCUCAGCGAAGCUGGAGACCCUGAAGAGCCUCAUCAGCCCAUCCCACGCCGGAAAGACUCUAAAAGCUGACGAAUUGUUCCAAGAAACGGCGGAUUACAUCGUUCUGCUGCGAACCCAGGUCGUGAUUUUGCAGAGACUCGUUGAGCUUUAUGGAUCUAGUGAGAAAGAAAAUAUUGCUGCUGCUGCUACUGUAUUAUAG